ACCAUAGUGUUGGAGAUGACACUGGCCAGGUUUGACGAAAGAAACAUGAUGCUGGUUUCAGUUUUGGUGGUGACUGCACUGCUUGUCAGUGAUAUGAUAUGGACACACAAUUCCUUGGAACUGGAGAGGACUCAGCAUCACCUUGAAAAGCGUGAGCUAUCCAGAGGACCCUGUGAUGAAAACUGGUUUAAUUAUUCUCUUUUAAACUCCUGUUACCGGUUUUUCAGUGAAGAAAAGACAUGGGAAGAAGCUCAGGAUUUCUGUAAUCAAGACCAUUGUUGCGGACAGCUGGCUUCUGUGUAUUCAGCCGAACAUAACAUUUUCAUUUCUAAUAUGAUCAAAUUCGUGAACCAAAGCAGGCCAAAGGCUUGGAUUGGCCUGAAUGACAUUUGCAAGGAGGAACAUUUCACGUGGAUUGAUGGAUCUUUGUACAGUUAUAGAAUGUGGGGUAACAAUGAACCUAAUAAUGAUAGAGGCAAAGAAGACUGUGUGAACAUUCAUCAUUUCCGUGACUCAGCUUGGAAUGAUGUGCCCUGUCACAUGAAAUAUGGUUUUGUUUGUUCUUACAAACUGUAUUGAAUUUAGAAAACUCCAGAUCCAUCUACUCAUCAUUUCCAGCGGUGGAUUCGGUGCUCAGAUUUCUUUGUAGCUGCUCUCACUGUCUGUGGUGACCGUACGCAUUUAAUUUCUCAGCCAGUAAUAAAGAGAACUGCA